AUGACUGCCAAAAAGCGCCGCAAUAAGCGGCCUGCGCUACUUUCCCACAGUCGCCCGACAGUAACGCCCCAAACCAAGUUUGCAUCGCUCUCCUCCAAAGCAACGCGAAACAUCAUUCGGUCUCACCACCAACUGCUAAAAGCUCGCGAAAAGGCCGUAGCCAAGCAAGACCUGGCCCUGGUGGAAAGCUUUGACAGUAAGAUUGCCGCCAAUGGCGGGCUCGAAAGCUACCAGCUAGCAAGCAAGACCGGCCAGUCUCUCGAGCGCGGCGGUGAUUCCAGCGUCGUGUUUCUCGAGUGGAUUCAACCUCUUUUGAAGAAACUGGAGAAGCAGAAGAAGCAGCUGAGACUGCUAGAGGUCGGCGCGCUCAGCACAAAGAAUGCAUGCUCCAAGCAUCCGUCCAUUGACGUUACCCGGAUUGACCUCAAUUCGCAGGAGCCCGGGAUUCUACAGCAGGACUUUAUGGAGAGACCACUUCCUAAGGCAGAUGAGGACCGGUUUCACGCUAUUAGUUUGUCGCUCGUGCUGAAUUAUGUGCCUACCGCCGGUGACAGAGGAGAGAUGCUGAGACGAUGCUGCUUAUUCCUCACUUCUGCUCUGCCUUCUUGUGGUGUGGCAGAUUUCGCCCCUUACCUUUUUCUGGUGCUCCCCGCUGCAUGCGUUUCAAAUUCACGUUACUUUAAUGUAGAGAGGCUUUUGGCAAUAAUGAAAUGCCUGGGAUACAAGCGGUUGGAGGAAAAAACCACGAACAAGCUCAUCUAUCAACUCUGGGAAUACCACCCAGAUUCAUGUAAGAUGCUUACAUUUCGAAAGGAGGAGCUGAACCCGGGGAAGACCAGAAACAACUUUACAAUUACACUCAAUUCUUAA